AUGGUUUGAGGUUAACGAAAUGUCAGUUUAAAUUUAAAAUUACCGUUUCCAAGUGCAAAAUAGCCGACUUGUUUGUUUACAAGAAAGACACUAGAUUUAUAAAUAAACUUGUUAUAUUUUAAUUAGCUAUAUUUUUGGAUACUUGCGUUAAAUUACCUUAUAUAAACACAAAACAUGACCAAUACGAAGCAGUUGAAAAUAACCAAAUUGUUUAAAAAAGGCGCUACAAAAGUUCCUGAUGACAAUGAAGAACUUCAAGAUGAGAUAAAUGAGCUAGAAAAUAAACUGAAAGAGAAACAAAAUGAACUGUUUCAAAUCCAAAGAAACAAAUACAGGAAAAAAGCUUCUCCGAUUGGUAACAAAGAGGAAAUAUUUGUUAGGCCACAGAAAAUAAUCCUAACCAACUCAAUAGAAAGAUUAAAACGGAGCUUAGAACUGAUGUCAAUGCUGACUGGUAUGGAAGUACAGUCCUAUGUCACCGAUGAUCACUGCUGUAUUGUCUAUCACAUGCAACACAAUUCUGGGCAUAUAGUCAAACAUGGACUCAGGAUUGAUAUGAACUCAGGUGGUAACAUGAUAUCAAAAUCAUCACUACCCGUUGGGUUUAACCUAAAGGUUGUGUUGGAUAGCUACGAUAAUGUCAUGGUGCCGGAGUGUCUUUGUGCUAUCAGGAAGGCUCUGGUUGCUUAUUAUGAUAGAUUACAGCAAUUUGAAGCUUUAAAGAAACUCCUUAACAUUGAAGCAGAUAUGUUUAAAAUACUAGAUGGGUCACACAUGGAGAUAUCGUUCUAUUCACAAAAUCAAGAAGAAGAUGAAGAGCCGUUUAAUAUUACCCUAAUGCUGGAUUAUAGGGUCUACGACAUAAGGCCAAAAACGUACAGUUUUAAAGAAAUUGAUUUACCAGAGGACGCUUCAGAAGUUCUAAAAGAUCAGUGUUUAAUUUUUAAAAAGAAGCCAUUGCAUAAAGCUUUCAAAGACGCAUUUAUGAAUGACAUUGGAAUCUACAAACUUGUACAACAGCUCGGUCCUAAAAAUACUAACCAAGAUAAUGCAAAAAGAAAACCAAAGCGAUUUAGACCAAACAAGCAUAACUAUAAAAAUGAUGACACUUUCUUGCCAGAAGACUGCUCUGAUCAGGGUGAUGACGAUGGAAUGGAAGAUUAGCUAAAAAUAUUAUUUUCUGGUAACUUGUUCAUAAUAAAAAUUAAUUUGUUAAUUAUUAUCAAUGCGGUGUAAU